CGCCCACGCCAGUCUCGGCGGCAAGAACCACGAAAGCGGCUUCCCGCCCUUCCGCCGCCUCAGCGACUCGGCCUUCCGCCCGGCGGACAAGGCGCGCGGCAUGCGGAUGGACGUGGCCAAGCGGGACGACGAGUCCGGCUCGGGGGACGAAGUGCCCCUGAAUACGAUCCGCGUGCAGAGGGAUAUCAAGUGGGAGGCGACGAUGCGGGUGGAGGAGCAUUAACUGUACAUUCAUAUAUACGUCAUAAGUUCAUGCAUAUAUUUUUCGAGGGACGAGCGUCAGGGGCAUUUUAUUUACAUUGA